AGUGUGAGUGUGUGCGGGCAAUUCAUUGUGCUUCAGUGUGCUUGCAGGUUAAUGUGCGCAUGUGCCUCUACUGAACGUGUGUGUUUAUUAAAGCCGUGUCGGUACUCAGAGUGACACAGACAGAGAGACAGAGACAGGCACCAUGUCUUCCUCCCAGUCCUCACUACCGCUGUUGCUGCUGAUGAUGGUCUCCAGCUCCUGGGCCUCCCACUUCUUAGGAGGAACCAUGACCUUCAACCCCAGGGGGACCAACCCAGACGGAACCUUCAGGGUGGACCUUCGUUACAAGACAGCCUUUCACUCUAGCGGCUGUUUUACUGAUACCUGGAAUUGUGUCAGUGGGGACUGUGGGAAUGAGACCAGUCUAGUGGUUAAGGCAGUGAGCCAGGAUAUAUCUGAGGGCUGGUGUCAGACAGAAGGAGUCAUGACUAGACACGUCUCCAAUAACAUACAAACUUUUGAUCUACAAUUGGAUGGCUAUUGCUGGGUAUUCAACGAUAAUUCUGUUAAUUCUUGGAGGCUGUUGACUCAUGUGGACCUUGGGGUCAGGUCUGACACAGGGAAAGUCAACCGAUCUCCACAGACCACUGUCAUACCUCUGAUGAGUGUCCCUGUUAAUUGUCAAAGAGAUUUCAACCUGUUGUCCUUUGAUCCGGAUGGGGAUAUGGUCAGAUGCAGAUAUGCCGUACCAACGGAUGAGUGUGCCACAUCUAGUAACCUUCCUAAUGACUUCAGUCUACGAGGGGACUGCACCUUGUCAUUCUGGGGCAACAGAAACACCACUGGAACAUAUGCAGUCCAGAUGAUGAUGGAGGACUUCCCGACUCAGUCCAUCUCUCUCUCCUAUACUAACGGAUCUCAAUCUAACAGGACCUCAAAUAAUACACUCAGCAAACUGCCUGUUCAGUUUGCAGUGAGAGUGGACCCCCCGGUGCCAUCCUGUAUGGAGGGGCUAUACCUACCCAUGUUCCUGUCUCCAACGCCAGCCCAGGGUGCACUGCUCUACGCCUCUGUGAACCAACCCCUGGAAAUCACUGUCAGAGCACAGGCUACCCAAUCCACGGUUUCCGAGCUGUUGGUGAGUGGACCUUCCACUAUCACAAAGAACACCACGGUCCCAGGAGAGUACCUUCUAAGAUGGACGCCCACUGAGGAUGAGGAGAGAGGGUACUAUCCUGUGUGCUUCAUCGCUCGGGGAGCGAACAACAGCUCCAAGUAUCACUCUGAGCUGCGCUGCGUGAUCGUCAGUGUUGGAAACACAAGCGCGAUCAGAACCACACAGAAUGCAACUGCACCUCCAACUACCACCCAACCAACUACUGAACUCACAACCGCACCCACAAAUUUCAGUACACAGGCAACCACAACUACCACAGAACCCACACCUACCACAGUGAACAUAUCUAACACAGUGAACACAACUAUCAUAGUGAACACAUCUAACACAGUGAACAAACCUAUCACAGUGAACACAACUAUCAUAGUGAACACAUUGAACACAGUGAACAAACCUAUCACAGUGAACACAUCUAACACAGUGAACAAACCUAUCACAGUGAACACAACUAUCAUAGUGAACACAUUGAACACAGUGAACAAACCUAUCACAGCGAACGCAACUAUCAUAGUGAACAAACCUAUCACAGCGAACACAACUAUCAUAGUGAACACAUUGAACACAGUGAACAAACCUAUCACAGCGAACGCAUCUAACACAGUGAACACACCUAUCACAGUGAACACAUCUAACACAGUGAACACACCUAUCACAGUGAACGCAUCUAACACAGUGAACACACCUAUCACAGUGAACGCAUCUAACACAGUGAACACACCUAUCACAGUGAACGCAUCUAACACAGUGAACACACCUAUCACAGUGAACGCAUCUAACACAGUGAACACACCUAUCACAGUGAACACAUCUAACACAGUGAACACAUUGAACACAGUGAACGCAUCUAACACAGUGAACACACCUAUCACAGUGAACACAUCUAACACAGUGAACAAACCUAUCACAGUGAACACAUCUAACACAGUGAACACACCUAUCACAGUGAACACAUCUAACACAGUGAACACAACUACCACAAUGACCACAACUUUAAGUACAAACCCAACCACCAAUCUCACAACCAAUAAUGUGGUCAAUACAUUAAACAUCAUUGGGCCUAGAUACAUUGUUGGACUGAGGAUAAAACUGUCCUCUCUGAUCACACUAACAGAUGAUUACAUCAGAAAUGUGGUCUUACAGCAGCUCCGCGAGGAACUGAUCAGACGAGAGCUGCCAGGGAACUUCACACUACGCCUGAGAGCCACUUAUGAGAUCAGCCCCUGAGGGAGGGACAGGAAUUCAUCUCACGUUUCUUCACUCCUACUUGUAUUUCCUUCCUGGUAUCUGAUUCUGCAGAUAGUUAUUUUGAAGAAAAAGGGGUUCCUUACAAUGACUGUAUUUGGUUGUUUUGUACUUAUCUCUCGUGGACAGACGCACGUAACAUAAAUUAUGAUUUUUGUUCUGGGUUACCAAGAUUAGUUGAAUGAACUGACAGUACGUCGCUCUGGAUAUUAGUUGAAUGACUAAAAUGUUAAUUAUUUAUGGCUACAAGAAGAAAUAGAACAUAAAUGUGGUUUCCCUGUUUGGUUAAGAACAGAGGUAACUGAAGUUUUUUCCUGUAUGGUAAUGUGACAUUUACAUUUAAGUCAUUUAUCAGACGCUCUUAUCCAGAGCGAUUUACAGUUAGUGAGGGCAUAACUUUU